CGGGCGACGUGUAUUGUCCUCCCCGGGAGCCGCGCCACAAAGGAGCCGGGCGGUGGAGCGCGGGGGAAGAGCGAGCGAGCGAGCGGGGAAGAGCCGGCCGGCGUGCUAAGAUGGCUGAAGGCGCCCGGCGAGGGUGAGCGGGGGGCGCGGCGCAGGACAGCCGUCCUGACCUCGGGGCCCCGCGGCCCGGCGCCGCGAGCCACCAUGUCCUUCGCGCUGGAAGAGACUCUGGAGUCGGACUGGGUGGCUGUUCGGCCCCAUGUGUUCGACGAACGCGAGAAGCACAAGUUCGUCUUCAUUGUGGCCUGGAACGAGAUCGAAGGCAAGUUUGCCAUAACCUGCCAUAACCGGACGGCCCAGAGGCAGAGGAGCGGUUCCCGGGAGCAGGCGGGGGCGCGGGGAGGCGCCGAGCCCGGCGCCCCGGCCUCCGAUGGGACCCGCGGGCCUGGCAGCCCGGCGGGCAAGUGCCGGCCCGAGGCCGGUGCUUCUGCUACACCCGUCCGGAGCCCCGGGCCCCGGAGGAGCCCGAUUUGGGCGGACGGCGGCUCUCCGCGGAGCCCGCGCAGCCUUCGAGGGGACCCACUGCUGCGGGGUCCGGCGGGCAAAGGGGCGGAGAGUCCACUCCGGAGCCCCGCGCGGGCCAAGCCCAGCCCGGUCCGGAAAGGAGCUGAACCCAGAGAUGCGACGAGGCCUGCCACUGCAGCAUCCCCUCCGGCGCCCAGGGAGGCCCCCGUGUCCUCGGUGCGGGUAGUAAGCGCCUCCGGGGCGGUCUCCGAGGAGAUCGAGGUGCUGGAAAUGGUGCGGGAGGACGAGACGCCCCUAACAGUCACCGACGCGGAGCAGCCGCCGCCCGCCGCCGCCACCACCACCGAGCCUGAGUCUCCCGCCGAGGAGUGCAGUUGGGCUGGGCUCUUCUCCUUCCAGGAUCUGCGCGCCGUGCACCAGCAGCUCUGCUCGGUGAAUUCGCAGCUGGAGCCCUGCUUGCCGGUGUUCCCCGAAGAGCCUUCCGGAAUGUGGACGGUGCUGUUUGGGGGCGCCCCUGAGAUGUCCGAGCAGGAGAUCGACGCUCUGUGUUACCAGCUCCAGGUUUACCUUGGACACGGCCUGGACACUUGUGGCUGGAAGAUCCUUUCCCAGGUGCUCUUCACGGAGACCGAUGAUCCUGAGGAGUAUUACGAGAGCCUCAGCGAGUUGAGGCAAAAGGGCUAUGAAGAAGUGCUUCAGCGGGCCCGGAAGCGCAUUCAGGAGCUACUGGACAAGCACAAAAAUAUAGAGAGCAUGGUGGAGCUUUUAGACUUGUACCAGAUGGAAGAUGAAGCCUAUAGCAGCCUUGCAGAAGCCACAACUGAACUCUAUCAGUAUUUACUUCAGCCGUUUCGAGACAUGAGAGAACUUGCCAUGCUACGAAGGCAGCAGAUUAAGAUUUCUAUGGAGAAUGAUUAUCUGGGACCUCGAAGAAUUGAGAGUCUACAAAAGGAAGAUGCUGAUUGGCAACGGAAAGCUCACAUGGCCGUACUGUCUAUCCAGGAUCUUACUGUCAAAUAUUUUGAAAUCACAGCUAAAGCUCAAAAAGCUGUGUAUGAUCGAAUGCGAGCAGAUCAGAAGAAGUUUGGAAAAGCAUCAUGGGCAGCAGCUGCUGAACGUAUGGAAAAGCUCCAGUAUGCAGUUUCUAAAGAGACUUUACAGAUGAUGAGAGCUAAAGAGAUCUGUUUGGAACAGAGGAAACAUGCACUAAAAGAAGAGAUGCAGAGUUUGCAGGGUGGUACAGAAGCUAUUGCUCAGUUGGAUCAGUUAGAAGCUGAUUAUUAUGAUCUGCAACUUCAGUUAUAUGAAGUACAGUUUGAAAUAUUGAAGUGUGAAGAGUUAUUAUUGACAGCACAACUGGAAAGCAUCAAAAGACUUAUAUCAGAAAAAAGAGAUGAAGUGGUAUACUACGAUACUUAUGAAAGCAUGGAGGCCAUGCUGGAGAAGGAAGAGAUGGCAGCGUCUGUGCACGCACAGAGGGAAGAGCUGCAGAAGCUGCAGCAGAAGGCUCGCCAGCUGGAAGCAAGACGGGGACGAGUCUCAGCCAAGAAAGCCUACCUCAGAAAUAAAAAGGAAAUUUGUAUUUCAAAACACAAUGAAAAAUUCCAGCAACGCUUUCGGAGUGAAGAGGAAUAUAGAAACCAUCACACAGCACAACUUAAGAAAGAGAAAUUACUUGAUGAAGAAGAACGAAAAAGUGCCUGGGUUAGCCAAGAGAGACAGAGAACACUAGAUAGACUUCGGACCUUUAAGCAGAGGUACCCUGGGCAAGUCAUACUUAAAUCAACCCGAUUACGACUGGCCCAUGCAAGAAGAAAAAGUGCAGCAAGUCCUAUGUCCCAGGAGGAUCAGGGUGACUCACUACCAGGAGUGUUGCAGGGAAUGGAGAAAGCAGAAGAGUUGGGAGAAAGAAGAGACCCUCUUGGAUCACCACAGACAACAGAACCCCAGAGCCUUGCACAACUUGAAGAUUCUUCAUUAGCACAACUUGAAGCCACUUCAUUACCUCUCAGUGGUGUUGUCUCUGAACUGCCUCCCACUGCAUCGCUUCCACUUUUGACUAGUAAUGACCUCGAACCAUGUUCUGGUACCAUAGAUCCAGUUCCACCACCUCUCCCUCCAACACCCCUGCCUCCACCUCCUCCUCCUCCUCCACCGCCACCUCCACCACCUCUACCUGUUGCAAAAGAUGAAUGUGCUGAUGUCACCGCAGAGACACUGGAGAAAGGUCUGCCUAGAAAGGAAGGAACUGAGAAGAGAAUUCCCAAAUCAGCCAGUGCCCCCUCAGCUCACCUCUUUGACAGCAGCCAGUUGGUCAGUGCACGGAAGAAACUCAGAAAGACUGCUGAAAGUUUGCAAAGGAGAAGAGUGAGCUCACCCAUGGAUGAGGUGCUAGCAUCCUUGAAGCGUGGUAGUUUCCAUUUGAAAAAGGUUGAACAGCGAACUCUACCCCCUUUUCCUGAUGAAGAUGAUAGCAACAAUAUCUUGGCACAAAUAAGGAAAGGGGUAAAAUUGAAGAAGGUUCAGAAGGACGUUUUGAGAGAAUCCUUCACACUUCUGCCUGAUACAGACCCUCUGACACGGAGCAUCCAUGAAGCUCUAAGAAGAAUUAAAGAGGCAUCUCCUGAGUCAGAGGAUGAAGAAGAGGCCCUGCCUUCCACAGAUUGGGAGAACUAACAAGUGUCUUAGAAGAAAGAAAAAACCUACAGAUGAAGAUUAGUUCCAAUCCUUUUGGAAAACAAAACUUUUAAACUCUUGGGUCCAGAAUUGGAUUAUAUUAGAUCCAAAGUAUACUGGCUGAGUAGGCUGAAAAAAAAAAAAGGAAGCACCAUUGGUAGAUUAUUGCUUUUUCCAGUCAUUCCAGUUGAUUAGUUUAGAUGUGCAAUAUUCCGGGCUACAAUGGAGAAAAGACCUUCCAGAGACAGCUAUCUUUUAUAAAUUUUCUCAUCCAUCCACUUGUAUAUCUUCUUCUAGUGCCCAGCUAAGCUAGGGGUCACUCUGGCUUGGAAGAAAACACACUGGGUUGACAAAGAUCUACUAUGAGAUAUUUUGAGACUGCUUAGAGAUCCAUCUUGCAAUGUACUGAGAAGAUGUACUGAAAAACAGAGCUUCUUCCAUAUCAUCUUGUAGAAAUACUACAGCACCCUGAAAAGAAAAGUUUGUUGUGGUAGCUGUAAGUCAGGAAUUAAAAAUAUCAAGUGGAAAUGCACUUAAAAUUUCCAAAUCACUUAUCUCUAAAGGAAUUUUCACAAAGAUGUUCAACAUCUGAAAAUCCAACAAGAGUUAGACCUAUUAAUGUGUGUACUACAACAUGAUGUAUUUAACAAGACUUAUUUUUAGAAGGCCACCCAGACUUACACUUUGUAAGGGUUUGGAGUUCAAAUUUCCAUACUUUUAAAUAGGUUUUCAUAAUUCUGAAUUUGUAAUAGUUUGAAUUUAUGUGCAUCCUUGUUUAUCAAAAGCAGUACUUUGUAAUUUGAUAAUAUUUCAAAUUAUUUUUGGUCUUUUUGUUUAAACUAUUGUUUAUUAUAACAUGACUUUCCUGUUUAGAAUCAGAAAUCAGGAUUCAAAAAUAGGAAUACAGAUCACAACUCUACCAUGCACAUUUUGUGUUUUUAUUAUGAUCCACAGUGAGACACACAUGCUCUGCAAAAGUACAGAAAGUAGAUAAACAGAAAAGCCUCUUUGGCAUUUCAGUCUUCAAAUGCUUUGACUAGAACUUUGAGAGCGAACCUUUGUUAUUGUCACUUGACUUUUAAACAUCUGUAGCUCUGGGUGCCGAUUUAGCUGCGGAUAGGGUCUUGAAGGGUACAUUUUUGUGCAUAGAGCCGUCAUGGAGUAUCAGCAGGACUACUGUGGGCUUGCAUACUGGGAGGUAUGGUGGCCUCGUUUUCAGUGUAAUUCUGCUUAAGGCAGAACUUGGCCUUUAUGCAGGGAGCUGAGGAUUGAAAUACCAAAAAGAACUUACUUAACAAGGAGCUCUUUGGCCUCACCCCAGAAAACAGUACAGUUGUAAACGCUCCUGUGUGUUUUAACUGUUUUCCUAGAGAAAAACCAUUCAUAUUCUUGUCAUUUUUAAAUGUUAUUUUCUUUAAAAUAAUAAUGGAGAAAAGUUUGGCCACAGGUUAUAUAAGACAAAAUCUACACACUUAAAUGUUAGUAUUGUGAUUAUUAAUGAGAUUAGGAGCUUCUGCAUAGUAUCAUGAAACUUAUUUCAGUUCUAGCCUAAUUCCUUAUCUGAAAUUAUUAAAAAUACAGAUCCUACUAUAUAAACUUCAUCCUAAAAUGAGGGUGGAUGGGCUGGUAUAUCCUUUU